AUGAGUGUUGGCUUGUCUCUGGAGGAUCCUGUUUGGUCCUAUCUCUAUGAGGGGAAAGUGAAGAAGAUGAAGCUACCUGACUUACCUAAUUACUUAUGGCCUUGGCUUCAACAAGUCUAUAGCUUACCCAAAGAGAACCUUGACUUGUUGGAUCCUUUAGCUCCUGUUUACCAUUUCGAAUUAAGAAACGGUGAAUAUUGGAUAUCAUUCCGACCGUCAAAGAAUUUUCCAAUCGACCCUCCAAUCUAUAAGUGUGCCUAUCAGCUAGCUUUUGUUUCUGAGUGGAAUAAUAAUGAGGCGGAGUGUUGCCUAGCAGCUAUCCGUGAUGACUAUAGAAAGUAUUGUGAAGAGAUAGAUGAAUGCAUUGGGAUCAUUCGUGAUAUCGAGAACGUCCCAGGCUGUUCCUUAGUUGGUUACGGUCUCAAUGAGGACAAUAACGAAUGCUUUGAUGUAAAAUUGAAACUUGAGUCUGAAAACCAAUCACAUAACGUAGAACUAACAAUAGAUUGGAGGAAUCCACAGGAAUUUCCUAACACAUUGUGUUUGGGCACAUUUGGGAAAACCCGUGAGAUUGAAUGUACUGAGUGGGACUCUUCCUUAUCCUUAGCUGAUAAUCUUGCCAAUAUAUUCCAAUUAGGAGCCCCUAGGUUGUUACUUGUUUCAAUUCAUGUUUUUUUCGUUUUUUUUUCUUUUGUUGAUUCUCUCUAA